AUGGCCCCCUACGCCGCCCGCCUUCGCUGGCAGCACCUCCGCGCCCUGCUGCAGGCUCGGCCCGGUGGUGGCACGGACCUGCACCCGGAGUCGACAGGGAGUCUCGUUGAUCGGUGUCUGGAUCCCUCCUGCAAAGGAGUUGCCAUGCCCUUGCAUCCUAUCUUGGACAAGCUGGUAAAGAAAGUGUGGCAGACACCCCACACCAUUCCUCCUGUAUCAAAGGAAAUUGAGAGGAAAUACAUCCUCCCCGAGGAUGCGGUCGGUUACGUCUCUCAACCCGCACACAAGAGCACGGUAGUGGAGGCAGCAAUGGCGAGGGAGAAGGUGGGCCAGGAGCACGGUACUGCACCCCAAAACGCGGAACUGCGGCGCCUGGAUGCAUUUGGCCAGAGGGUUUACCAGUCAGCAGCUGCAGCCCUUCGUGUCGUGGACUAUCAAGUCUACAUGGCCAGAGGUCAAGUUGAGCUCUGGAAGAAAGUUUCUGCACUAGCAAAGCGUCUUCCGCAGGACCAGCGUCAGGCCUUCCAGGCCGUCGUUCUCGAGGGCGCAGACCUGGCCAGGCAUCAGGUGCACGCAGCCUUUGACACAGGGGAUACGGUGGCGCGAGCCGCUGCCUCGGGGGUGGAUGCACGGCGGUCUGCUUGGCUGCAGGCUUCCAGCUUCCACGAGGAGGUCCAAACAAAACUCGAGAACUUACCCUACACAGGGGAGAAUCUCUUUGGGGAACAGGUGGAAGCCACUUUACAAAGAGCCAAAGAAAGGCAGGCCACGCUGCGCCUCCUGAGGUCAGUGUACUGUCCCUCGGCCCCCCGCAGCGGGGUUGGGAAGGGGAAAGCUCCUCUGCAUAAGCCGGCUUUCACGUCCACUGUUUGUUUCAAGGGGAUGCAGUGCCCUUCUGGGAAGGGUGCCCUGCCGCAGUAG